GAUUGCACGUCAACUUAUGUGUGGGAUCGGAUGAAAAAAAGGAUCGAGAAAAGGCGUAUUCAUAAAUAAUGCGAAUAAGUAGUUGGUUUUAGUAGUUAUCUACAUCUCCUACCAUGGCUGAACUAGAACAACUUGAUGAAGAUAUCAAAGAAGAGAACACAUCAUUAUGCACUAAGCCAAGUACAUGGAAGGGUUUCCUUAGUAAUACAAUUCCAAAUACAUUUCCAGUUUUUAAGUCUCGCAAUGUUAAGAAGGUAGCCCUUGGUGGCAAGCAUGCAGCCUUCUUGACCAGUGAACAUGAGGUUUUCUGUUAUGGUUCAGGAGAAUAUGGCCAACUUGGGCAUAAGAAAUUCAGUGAUGUUACAAAACAGCCGGUGCUUGUGAAAGAUAUAAAGGGUGAAAAUGUAAUUGAUGUUGUCUGUGGGUUGAAUCAUACAGGUGUGGUCUGCGCAGAUGGCAUUGUCUUCUGCUGGGGCGAUUCCAAUAGUGGUCAGUGUGGUACAGGUCUGCUGGACAGAAUUAAUACACCUCAACAAGUAGAGUUCAAUGAUCCUGACCAUGAUCCUGUCAUCACUCAGCUUGCUUGUGGGGACAUGCACACCUUAGCUCUUUCUACAAAAGGAGAAGUGUGGGCCUGGGGAAUAGGACAUCAGCUAGGGUUGGGCACUGGCUCAAACAGCAUAUCCACUCCAUCAAGGCUUUCAGCAUUUGGUGAAAGGAAAGUCCUCAAUAUCUGUUGUGGAGCUGCUCAUAGCUUGGCUGUAGUGCAGAAGGUUCGUUCUCCAAAGGCAGCUACUGACUCCUCUGUCACAACUGAAGAUGUUGAUGUGGAUGCUACAUUAUGUCCUAAGUGUAGCCAAGAGAUGUACUCUUUCUCAGAUUUAGGUGACACUGUGUUCAUUACAGAAACUCAUGUCUGCAAGAAUAAGGAUGUUACAGAAGUAGAUGAGACAUCCACCCGAAGUUUUUCUCCAGAUAGUAUUGAUGUACAGAUACCAUGUAAACCAAUGAGAAAAGACGUUCUGAAGAAAAGUCAUGAACGCAAGAUGUUAAUAGAAGCGGAAGAAACUGGUUCUGUAUUGUCCACAGAAAGCCAAGGAACAUAUGUUUUGGAUGAAUCUGAGAAGGAUACAGUUGAUGCUGCAGCAGCACAUGAAGAACUCAAAACACCGGUUGCCACAGAGGAUGUACCAGAUGAUCCUGAAAAAGAUGAUUCAGAAUUAACAGGAUCCUUUCCAACUGGUAGAUCUGCUAAAGAUUUUUUAGAAAAGCAGAUGGCAUCAACAAAUCGUGCAAUACAUGGGACAGCGAAGACAUCAAAGGACAAGCUUCUGGCAAGCUUGCCAACAUCAGUGACAUCAAAUCUUGAAAAACUUUUGAAUUACAAAUUCAACUUCAUGGGAAAAGAUCAGACAUCAUCAAGCCUCUCACCUAGUACAGAAUUACUACAUCAAGAAGCAGACUUUGAAGUUGAAGAACCUGAAUUAAAUGUGUUGGAUAUGAGUUGUAUCCCAGUAAAAGGUCGAAGGUCACAUCUGGAGGAUCUUGUAGAUGAAAUGACAAUGGUUACAGAAGUCUGGAGCUGGGGCAAAGGAAAUGUUGGACAACUUGGCCAAGCAGAUGUAUUAGAUAGGCCACAGCCAACUGUUAUUCGACAUCUCAAUAACAAGAACAUUGUACGGGUGGUGGCAGGAUCAGGCCAUUCUAUAGCUAUCUCCAACUCAGGCCAGGUGUACACAUGGGGGUCUAACACUGAUGGCCAAUUAGGUCACACUGGACAACUAGCCCCUAAAAAAAUAAAGAUUCCAAAUGGUUCUAUUGUGUGGGAUGCAGCAGCAGGAUCUGCUCACACGCUCCUACUCGCAGAUGGCAGUAACAACCAACCUGAUAUUUACUACUUGGGAAAACAACCUAGUUUAGCUGAGUUAAAAGAAGCCAAAGCCCAGUCAAGUGAGAAAGAUACCAGUGCAAGUAAAGAUGGAGGACGGGAGGGUAGUGCAAAGAGUAGAAAGCAGGCCACUGUUAGCAUCACAAAAGGCCCUACGGUCAAAUAUGCAGCCAGAGCCAAACAACCGGAACGAAUGGCAUUUAUUAGGAAAGAGUGUGGAUGGGCAUUAGGCGUGGCAGCAGCUGGUGAUUCAUGUGCCUGUGUAUCUGAUCGUAACACAAAUGGAUUGGUGGCAGGCUUUUGUGAGUUUGCGGCCUUGGAACGCAAUCUAUUUGCCCAACUGAGUACGGUCAAGUCAACAGUCAUCAGGUCUCUACAGACAGCUGAUAUAUCCAAAAUUUUGCUUGGUAGCAUCUAUGAACAGCCAUACCAAGACUUCCUCGACACCUUCAACAGCGUCUCAAACCUUGUCUGUCAAACAGCUGUACAACUUACAUCCAUUCUGCAACAGCGUCUUGAUGUAUCAGAAUUACUGCUGUUGAAGAACAAAGAAGAGUAUGUUGAGAUCUUUGCCAAGUACUCCAAGGCUGUCUGCCAGCUGAUCAAUGUUGCAGGCUUCAGUCAUCUGGGUAAACUUACAAGUGAUUCUCUGAGUAAACAUGAGGCAGUGUUGACUGACUUGGUCGGUGCAGAACUCAAGGCGGAAGGCUAUGGCAGCAUGCUCAGAAAUUUGUUCAAACGGCCGGUUGAUAGAAUUUUAGUCUACAGUGAUAUUUUGCAUAGACUUAGCCAGCUAUACUCACCGAAAUCCCAAGAAUGUAUGUUGCUAAGGGAUACAACUGCAUUAUGGGACAAUCUUUCUAAGGAUGUGAAGAAGCACCAGGAAAUAGCAGAAGAGACCAGGACAUUUUGGGAGUCUUGCCCACCUAAACUACAGGAAAAUAUAAAAAAUGCAGACCGGAGAGUUAUUCGAGACAGUAGGAAGAAUUCACUACAGUUGGUAAAUGCCAGCAGACUAUCUGUUCAUUGGUUUCUACUGUUUAGCGAUGUCUUCGUUCACGUACAGACAUUUGUUGUAUGCAUUGGUAAAAAAACACAGAGCAUAUCUCAUUAUAUCUAUCCCUUGAACUUGGUAUGGGCAGAGCCAGUCCAAGACUCUCAACAAUCCAGAAAUACAAUUCGCCUAGUAAUGGCUGAAGAAACCUUGCUGCUUUCAACGACAACACCAGAAGAAAAAUCAGAGUGGCUAUGGUGUAUUAAUGAUGCAAUUGAUGCCGCGCUGAGCAGCAGACAAUUGGUGGACAGGUCUGACAGUGCCACCUCCCUGUCUCCAGUCAGCAAUGGGCAACGAGUCCCUCCAAAGCUUCACAGGAACGGCUCUUAUAAGUUUGUUUCACACCCUAAAUUCAAAGAUGCUACUUAUGAAGGGGCAUGGUGCUUGGGAAAACCACAUGGAAGAGGUAAACUCACCUGGCCAGAUGGUAGGUUUUACCAUGGGAACUUCUUGCAUGGUGUCCAGCAUGGGUAUGGUAUCAGUAGCAUUCCCAGUGCUGAUGGUAAAUCUGUUAAUGAAAAGUUCGAAGGUCAGUGGUUGGAAGGAAAAAGACAGGUGUUUGGCACCCUAAGAUACCAUAAUGGAGAUGUAUACAUAGGCAGUUUCUUAGACAACAUGCGACAUGGACAUGGUAUACUGGAGUGCAAAUCACCCUCAAGCCUGUACAUAGGGGAGUGGCAGAAGGACAAGAAACAGGGCUAUGGUGCUAUGGAGGACAGCCAGAGAGGAGAAAAGUACAUGGGAGGCUGGCAAGAUGGGUACAGGCAUGGUAGAGGCUUCGUCAUCACCCUUGAAGGCUUGUACUAUGAAGGAAACUUCACACAAAAUAAAUUAACUGGUGUUGGACUCUUGGCAACAGAAGAUGGUACUUGUUAUGAGGGAGAAUUGUCUACUGGUCCCACACUCAAUGGAAAAGGAACACUAACCUUACCAAAUGGUGAUUUUAUAACUGGCUCUUUCACUGGUUUGUGGGGUGAUGGUGUCAAAGUUAAUGGUGUGUUUAGCAAGGCAUCAGAUGACUAUGAUGUAUCAAGAAAAUUGGGAAAGUUUACAGUUGAUGCUGCUUUUAAGUGGGAGGAGCUAUUUGGUCAGUGCAGAGCUGCUAUUGGCUGGCAAGGUGAUAUUGUCAAGGAAACAGACAAGGCCUGGGAUAUGGUUGCUGUGUCAAUGAACAAUGCUAAAAUACUACUGGAGAGAGAAAGGCAAGGCAAAGGGUUGUCAAGCAGUGGGAUUGAUUGUGCUGGCUUGGACAUGAUUCCUAAUGUAAAUAGGGACAGGUUGACAGAGGUAGAUCUUAAAACUAUUCAAGAUUAUCUAGAAAAGGCAUUCAACUCCAGCUUGCAUCCACUUGGAAAGCUUGUUGAUAACCUUGUGCACGCAUUCACUAAUACGUACCUUGGCAUAGGGGCGCAUCGACGACUGCUGCCGUACGCUGUCGACGAGAUCAAAUCCUUUGUCAAGAGACUCAGUGACAUAGUCAAGGUACUUUUUCCAAGUUUACCUGGUAGAAUGUGCAAUGGAGAAGUCCCAGUUUCUGCACCAAUGCCUAAUGUGGAAGUAAAUCCUGAACUAUCGUAUUACUAUGACUAUGGGAUGAUGCAACAAGGGGAAGAAAACAAGCCAGAAGUUAAACCUACAAAAGAUGUCAGCCGGGCUGUGCAAGUAAGUAUUGAAAGUGUGAUGCACCCAUUACUGUUACCACGUCUGUAUCCCGCAUUGUUUGCGUUAUACGCCCUCAACCAUGACCAAAGUGACGAUUGCUACUGGGAACGCCUCUGCCGACUCAACAAGCAGUCAGACAUUCCAUUGAUGUCCUACCUGGGAAUACACAAGAAUCUUUUGCUUCUACCGGAGCAAAGAGACCAGGAUACUCAAAGAAGGUACUCUGAAACUACUGAUAUAUGCUAUAAGGAAGCUGUUGAAAAUUUGCGAAACUUAAGGAUUCGUCAUCUUGGGUCUGAAAUCCAAUUUAUUGAGGACCUAAUGGAGCAUGAGGUUGUAAAUGGCAAGCUAGGCAUCAUGUUUACAACACUCAAGGCAUGCUAUUUCCAGAUUCAGAAUGAGAAUAUUCCACUGUAAGCUAUCGGGUGCCAUGGUAAUAGUACAAUAUUGAUUGGUUGCUAUGAAUGUGUAUCUGUAGUGGUUGAUUUCACCCAAAGGUCAUAU